AUGAAGGAUAAGGUUGAUACGCACAAGAGGUCAAUAAAUUUUGAUGAGGAUGAUGAAUCCCAAAAAAAAAUAAGAACAGUAGAAGAGGAUGAAAAGAAAAGAGAAAGAGAAAUGAAAACAAAUGAUAAUUAUUCGUCCAUAUAUGUAGAAUAUGAAAAAGGAAGAAACAAAAAACUAAAAUAUAAUAUAGAGUAUAUAGAAUUAUUAAAAAAAGACGCUAGACGAAAAUAUUUAAAGGAAAGAGAAAAAGAAAAGUUAAAUAUUACAAAAAAAUUAUUAGAUGAUGAACUGUUAUAUAGUACUAUUAAAUUAGAAGGAAAAGAUAUUAAAGAAUUAGAGUUUAAUAAAAAAAUUUAUAAUAUAGCUAAAGAGAAUAUAAAACUACGGGAAAAAUUAAAAGAAAAUUACUAUCACUUUCAAGAAGAUUUUGAUAAGAAUGAUAAUGUCAAUAAUCAUACUAAAAUAGAACAACUAAAGGAAAAUAGACAAGAUCCCUCUAUAUAUAAUUAUGACCAACAAAUAAUCAAUAAAGGCAUAUUAAAGUUUGGUUCAGGUGCUAUGAUAAAAGAAAAUUUAAAUUAUAACAACCUUGUUUUUGACGAUGAUUUUGCAAAUAGAAAAAGCGUGAAAAGCGAAAUAUCAGAAGAAAAUAAAAAAAAAAAAAAAGAAAACGAAAAUGACAGUGAUGGUGAUGGUGAUAAUAAUGUUAACGUAAAUGUUAAUAAUAAAUAUUUUGAAAAAAGGAAGCAUUAUUAUAACGGGGAGGACGAAGGAACGCACGACAGUAGUAGUAGUAGUAGUAGUAGUAGUAGAAGCAGAAGUGGUGGUAGUUGCAGCAAUCGACUUGAUAAACGGAGCAAACGCAAAAAAAGGAAAAGUAAAAUAAUGGAUGAGAAAGAUGCAGAGAGGCACGUGGAAAAGGAAGAAGAAAGAAAGAAAAAAAAAAAUAAUAAUAAAGUAAAAGAAGUGCAAAAGAAAAAAAAAAUGAAAAUACAUGAUAAUAGUGGUAAUAGUAUUAGUAGAAGCAGCAGAAGCAGUAGUAACGGACCCCUCCCCUCCUCUGAAAAAAAAAAUGAGAGACAUGUAAUAAAAAAGAACGGGUUAACAAAUGUAGUAGAAUUCGUACAUUUAGAUAGUCUGUAUGGUAUGAAUGAAAAGGAAAAAGAAUUACAAAAACUAUUUGAAGAUAUUAAAAAAAGAAAAGAAAAGAAAAUGAAAAAAAUGAUUGAUGAAAGGAAAAGGUUACCUAUAUAUAGCUAUAGAUAUGAUAUAUUAAAAGCAAUAAAAAACAAUAAAAUUUUAAUAUUAGUAGGAGAAACAGGAAGUGGUAAGAGUACUCAGUUAACACAAUAUUUAUAUGAAUGUAAAUAUCAUCUAUAUGGUAAUAUAAUAUGUACACAACCAAGAAGAAUUGCAUGUAUAGCUAUUGCAAAUAGGGUAGCAGAUGAAAUGAAUGUAAAAAUAGGAAAAGAGGUAGGUUAUGUAAUUAGAUUUCAAAAUAAAACAAGUGAAACAACAAAAAUCAUAUAUAUGACUGAUGGAAUGUUUUUGCGUUUGUUAUUAUAUAACCCAACUCUAGAUGAUAUAUCUGUUUUAAUUAUUGAUGAAGCACAUGAAAGAGCUUUACAUACAGAUAUUAUAUUACCAAUAGUAAAAGAUAUAUGUAAUUUUAGAGAAAAUAUAAGAAUUGUUAUAUCAUCAGCAACUUUAGAUGCAGAAAAAAUUUCUACAUAUUUUAAUUGUGCUCCAAUAUUUUAUGUACCAGGAAGGAAAUAUAAUGUUGAUAUUUAUUACACUAUUAAUAAUGAGAGUAAUUAUUUGUCAGCUAUUGUAAUUACAAUUUUGCAGAUUCAUAUAACACAAGCAAAAGGUGAUAUUUUAGUAUUUUUACCUGGACAAUUUGAAAUAGAGUUAGUUCAACAAGAACUAGAAAAUAAGUUAAAUGAGCUAGCUCCAAAAUUUCGUAACAUGAUCAUCCUACCAAUUUAUUCCUCCCUACCUGUGGAAUGUCAAGCGCGUAUAUUCGAAGACAUGACUGAUGAGGACCACGGAAAAAAUGAGCAGGAUAGUAAGGACAAACCGAAUGACAGUGGAAGUGGAAGCGGCAAUGGUAAAAGCAAUGAUAACAGCAAUGAUAACAGCAAUGAUAGUGGUAAUGGAAAUGGUAACGGUAGUAGUAGCAUCAAUAACAAUCGCAGUAAUAAUCGCAGUGACAAUCGAAGUGAUGACAAAGGAGAAAGAGCUGUUAAAAGUAAGGCCAUAAUACCCCCAGAAAGCAGUAAAAAAAAUAAGAAUGAAGAAGUAAGAUUAAAUACACAGAAAUUUAGAAGAAAAAUUAUACUGUCAACAAAUAUUUGUGAGACAAGUAUUACGAUAGAAAAUAUUGUAUAUGUAAUAGAUUCAGGAUUAUGUAAACAGAAAAUUUAUAACCCUAAUUCAGGAAUAGAAUCAUUAGUUACUUUACCUUGUUCUAAAGCAUCAGUUAAUCAAAGAACAGGUAGAGCAGGUAGAAAACAAGACGGGAAAUGUUUUCGACUAUUUACGAAAAAAUCUUUUAUUGAUUUAAGCGACAAUUCUAUCCCAGAAAUUCAACGUUGCGAAGUGAGUAGUAUGAUUUUAUUAUUAAAAAGUUUAGGUAUGGAUGAUAUUAUAAAUUUUGAUUUUUUAGAUCCGCCAUCUCCUGUUGUUAUAAUAAAAGGUCUUGAACUUCUCUACUCCUUAGGUGCACUAAAUGAUGAAGGCAAUUUAACAAGAAGUGGGAGAAAAAUGGCGGAAUUCCCAACAGAUGUAAAAUCUAGUAAAAUGAUUUUAUCUGCUUCGGAAAAAUAUAACUGUGUUGAUGAAAUAUUAAAUAUCACAUCCAUGCUAACACAUGCAAACAAUAUCUUUUAUGUUCAAAAAGGGAAAGAAAAAGAAGCUGAAAAUGUUAAGAAAAUGUUUACAAUUGAAGGGGGUGGAGAUUUUUUUCUUUUUUUAAAUAUUUUUAAACAAUGCGAAGAAAAUAAUUUUUCCACUUCUUUUUGUUAUGAUCAUUUCUUACAAUAUCACACACUUAUAAAAAUUAAAGAUAUAAAAACUCAAUUAACAAGCAUAUGUGAAAAAAUUGAUUUACCAAUUACAUCAUGUGGUAUACAAAAGCAUGACUCUAUUUCUAAUAUUAAAAAAUGUAUUAUAAGUGCAUUUUUUACCAAUGCUGCCUUACCUGUUAAUAAACAUGAACUUAAAAUAAUAAAAUUAAAUCAGAUCGUUAGUAUUUACCCCAACUCAGUUCUUUCAAAAAAAAAUAUAAUGGAAGAAAAUCAGAAUGCAUGUAUUAUUUUUUAUGAAGUUAUUAAAAUAAAUAAGUCCUACAUUCGUCAUAAUAUACCCGUUAAUAAAGACUUACUGUUUGAAAUUGCCUCCUUUUACUUUCUUAGUAAAAAUGAGUAA